AUGACAACAGAGAAUUGUAAUUCAUUUAUUAGAUUUGCUCUUGAUCUAAUAAGGGCUGAAGAUUGUGAUACAACUACACCUCCAAAAAAAGAAUUGAUGAAACCUAAAUUAAAACUAUUUGACAUAGAUGAGAAUCCCAAAUUCUUUUCUCCUAUCAAACCUUUUCCUAUCUAAUAAAAAAUAACAAAAAUGAAAUAAAUUGAUAAACCCAUUCUCAAUACUAUAACAAAAUGUAAAUGUAUGAAAUCAAAAUGUCAGAAAUCCUAUUGUGAAUGUUUUGCCGCGGGAAAGGCAUGCAAUAUCGAUUGUAAUUGUUUAGGAUGUAAUAAUACAAUUUGUUCUUAAUCAAUAAAGAAACUAUAGACUGGAGGAUGUAAUUGUAAGAAAACAGGUUGUUUGAAAAAAUAUUGUGAAUGUUAUCUAAAAAAACAAAGAUGCACAUUUUUAUGUAAUUGUAUUGAUUGCUGUAAUCAAGAAGAUUCAGAAUCAGAAAAAGAAAAUGAACAAUAAUAAUAAUAAUAAAGUAUUGAUUGUGGAUAAACAAUUACUAAUUAAAUAACCAAACAAUGA